UUCCGGCCUCCGUCGUGAGCGGGACUUCCGGCGGAGGAAGCGGGGCGGAAGCGAAGAGCCCGGAGGAGGAAGCGCCGCUGCCCCCAGCUCAGCCUCAGUUUCCCCCCCAGUUCUGUGAUGAGCCACCAGUGCCAUGGUGAAGAGCUGCUCGGCGAUUGGAUGUGCAUCGAGAUGUUUGCCGAAUUCCAAGUUACGAGGACUAACGUUUCACGUAUUCCCCACCGAUGAGGAGGCCAAAAGAAGGUGGGUGUUGGCCACGAAAAGGCUCGAUGUGAACUCUGCAGGUAUGUGGGAGCCUAAGAAAGCAGAUGUGUUAUGUUCGCGCCACUUUAAGAAGUCAGACUUCGACACAAGAGGUCCCAACAUCAGGCUCAAACCUGGAGUCAUCCCUUCCAUUUUUGAAUUUCCUUCUCACUUCCAGCAGAGACGAGGAAAAGUUCAUGGCAGACGAAACACUCCGCUGAAAACACUGCCAGUAACAGUUCAUAACCACCAGCUUGUGGAUUCGCCUUUCAGUACAGGAGAAUUUCAUUCCCAAUUCAUCUUGGAGCACAGUUACAGCAUAAUGGACAGUCCAAAGAAAUUGAAGUGUAAAUUAGAUCAGGUAAUCAGUGAGCUCGAAGAGGCCAAGGAACAUCUGAGGAAGACUUUAGACAGAGAACGACAACGCAGAGAAUCACUGAGGACGGUGAUCCAGGAGCUGGAGAACAAAUGUCUAAUCAGCCCCGAAACGGCUUGUAAACUGGAUGUUUAUUGCUGGGAGUGGUGUGAGGCGGGCACACAGGAGAAGACUAUCAACUGAAGUAACUGCAGCAGGAAUAGCUGCAAAGUCUCCCUAAACUCAACAUUCAGAAGUGGGAUGUUUUAAGCUGGUCAUCAGCACUCAGUGAACAGGACCAACCAGAUCUUUGGAGAAGCUGUUUUCUCUAAAGAUACCAUCUGGGCAAGAUCCUUGCUCCUGAGACACAACUCCCUCAUGUAACAGGGUGUCUUGGUCUCUGAGGGCUGUGGUAGUGGUCAGGAGUGUGAGCUACAAAAGACAAAAUAUAAAUGUAAACAAUUGUCAGAUUAGCAGGGUGAGGCACCUCUAUCUUAGAUUUCAUAAUGCAGAACCUUAGUGAGGCCCUAAGAGUACAAAUCAGGACUAAAGCAGUGCACAGGAGACUUGGAGAGAGUGGGGGAGUCUCAUGAGCAGGCUCUGGAGAUAAGUUCAACAUCCCCUAUUUGUAUAGAUAGGAGAAAGUGCUGGAAGAUGACAAGUGAUUGUGGCAGUAGCGAUGAGUUGAGCUGUUCACCAGGAGAAGGCAAAGGAGCUUCUCCGGAAUAAUGACCCAUCGUGGACUGGAUUUAAAUGAAAUUUUCUAAUAUCUGGACUAGGGCAGUCAAGCAGUUACAAAAAUUAGUCGCAUGACUAAUCGCGCCGUUAAUAAUAGAGUACCAUUUAUUUAAA